AUGUUCGCAUCUCUUGCCGGGAAACUUUCGAGCGCUUUGCCUGGCGACUCUCAUGCCUUGGACUCGAUCCACCACUCGCUGCGCUCAUUUGGCCAGCAAUAUUCGAGCUCCACAACACCCAUCCAACGCAUUAUCACCGUGGAGAAAGGCGCUGCCCUUGAUCUUGACAGUCUCGGACGGGACAGCAAGGCGAUGAGCAAGGAGCUCUAUACUUGGGGUCAAGGAGAAGCGGCAGACCUCAAAGAUGUUACCGACCGCCUAGCGUAUAUGAACUUCGUUCUGGGCGCUCUUUCUACCACACUUGGAGAGAAAAUCAAUGGCGCCCGUGGGCCGAUGAAGAAUCUACGGACAAUUGAGGCUGCCGUACAACCUCGUCGCAACCUUCGAGCCAGCCUCCAGCAGCAAAUCAAUCGCAUCGAGCAAGACCAACCACGCGGAAUGGAGAAACGGCUGGCAGAACUUCAACAGAAGUUGAAGGAUGCAAUUGCUGAAGACCAACCACAAGAAGCAGAGCUUGCAUUAAGCAAGCGCCAAGCCAUCCGCACAAGCGAAACCCAGAAAUGGGAAGCCAUUCGUGAGUUCGGCGAAAAACUCGUCAUCCUUGCACAGGCUGCUACUCCAGUGAUUGAAGCACUGCCUAAAUUCCCCCCGACAGUAGAAACCCCCUACACCGGAACUUUGGCAACAGGCGCUGCUCGUGCCGCCUUGCAACGUGCCUUGGACAACUACAAAACUGGACAAAUAGAUCUUCCCAUCGUUUCAACUGCCUCAGUCGAUCUCAGUCGCUCGGACACCCGCAGCUUUGGCAUAAGUCACGCCAAAGAACUCGAAGCUAUCGAAAGCCAAGAAACAUCCACCUCGACGCCCUCAUCUCAUGGACGAGGUAGCCACGGCACUGUUCAUGGUCAUCGCCAAACGCCAACUUCAUCGUCAACAACACCAGCAGCAGCAGCAACAACAACAACAACACAGUCUCCUCCUCCCAUCGAUCCGUCGACCCUCAAUUUAUCGCCAGCCCCUAUUCCAAAUCUCGCCCCUGCACCUGAUUCGCCUAUCGCUGCCCCGAUCCCCCUCGAUCCGGCGAGUCUUCCCACGGUAGCAGAGACUGGAGUUCCUCUGUCAGCGGGUGCGGCUGGGCCUGGUCCAGCUAGUGGCUCGCUUCAUGAUAUUCAUGCUGCCUCCCAUUCGGCCGGGCCACGAAGCGGAGGAUUGCCUGGAAAUGAGCCAUCUAUUCCGGGUUAUGGCACGCCAAGCAGCUCUCAUAAUACUUUCGAGAGUGCGACUGAGGAGAAGCGUCGUUUGCAGGCGUAUUCAGAGGCUGCACAACAUCACGAGACGGCUGAGCAAGAGAAGAGUCGUCUGGAGCGUGAAGAGCGUGAGCGUGUGCUUGCUAGUAGCAGGGCUGGUGGUAGUGGUUCAGGUAAAUUUUCCAACGAAUAUGACGAUGCUCCCCCACCCUCUUAUGAGGAUUAA